UUCAGUUGGGGUUUUAUCCGGGUUGGGGGACACCCCCAGGGGAUCAAUGGCACUGGAUGGGGGAGGCUUCGGACACUGUUUCUGGAGAAGGAGGCCCCAGUGGUGGAGGGAGAUUUGCUGCGUUCUUCCCCUCUCUGGGGAAGGCUGUAAGAGUUGGAGGCCGCGGAGUGAGAGGUGAUGGGGGCAGGCACUGCACUGACACUUGGGGAAGCUGCUUUGCCAGGAAGAUGGAAAUGUCACAGAGGGAAAGAAAGGCUCAGAGGAGGAGAGAGCCACAAAGAAAGCAAAACCCAGGCCUGGACCGAGCCCUGGGCAGCAAAGGCAAGCGGCAAGCAGCAAGUGCAUCCUGACUGGCUUGUGGAGGAACGAGCUGGGCUCCAAGAUGCGGAUACAGGAAGUGAAAGGGGAUGGCACCUUUUCUGGCGAGUACAAUACGGCCGUGUCGCUCGCUCGGAGACCCAUCCAAUCUGCGUCCCUCAACGGGUCCCAGCACUUCGACGAGGCGGGGCAGCCGACAUUUGGCUUUACUGUCAACUGGAAAAGCUUCUCAGACUCGACCACCGUCUUCACGGGCCAGUGCUUUGUGGACGAGAAUGGGAAGGAAAUUCUGGAAACCAUGUGGCUGCUGCGAGAGAAGGCCAAAGCCCCACAUGGCUGGGAGGCGACCAGGGUCGGCACAAACGUUUUCACCCGGAUCAAGAGGCAGAACGUGGAUGAAUCUGUGAGGAGUGAUGGUCCCCAGUGACCCAGCAGCACCGUUACCCCACUCUGCAGCCCCAGAGCUCCUGGGUCCCCCCCAUCUUGAAUUGUUCUGGGCUCUCUCGAGAGCGUCUCGCCCAGUGUCAGGGCUCUUUGCUGGGCUGCAGAGGCACCAUCUCUGUCUUUAUCUCCCAUUGCUCUCCAGUUACCCCCCACCCCAGAGUCGCUGCCUGUGGCCCUGACGCUGCGGUUAAGUUCCUUUCCCAGUAAAGCUCUAGCACGGGAG